AUGGACAAGGACGAGUUAGUACAGAGGAAAAAAGAUUUAGAUGAGGGUGUCAAGGAGAAGGAUUCUGAGGAUAAUACCUGGCCAACUAUUCAUGAAUUAGAAAGAUACUACUAUGAGAUUUAUCAAAAGCUAAGUUAUAAACUCAACCACUUGAUAUACCUAACAAAACUCAAGGAUCUCACAGAUACCCCAGUAAACAAAUUGGCAGAUGAAAUUACAAAGAUUCAACAAGAAUUCAUGAUUCCAUCAUCCUUACAAGAUCUUUAUCGGUAUUUAGUUUUGGCUAAUCGAGAAACUAAGAUCAACGAUUUGCUAAAUAGGUAUUUCAUGAUGUUGAAUCCCGUACAAAAAGCAAUCCACCACGCUGAUUUGAAUACUUCUGAGCAGAAAAUUCUAGAGUAUUUAAACAUAUUAUACGACGAUAAUGACGAUAAUAGGGGUGGGAAACAGGGUUUAGCUUUUCAAAUUCAAAAUCUAAAUCAACUACGCAGAGUUGGUGGUGGUGGUGGCGAUGAUUAUGAGGAGGAUACUGACAAAGUAAAGAAGCAAAAACAAGAAAUUCGGUCUUUAUCCCAAGAAAUUGCAUCCUUGAAUGUCGAUUUAGAUACGCUCACUUUGAAAGUGCAAGAUUUAAAUACAAAAGAUGACCUUGUUUCAACACUAAAACAAAAUACGGAUAAAUUAGUGCAAAACUGGCAUCAAAUAGAUGGCCAAAGUCGAUUGAUACUUGAAUUAGUUUGUAGCUUACCCUAUGCAUGGUACGAAGAAGAUUCGGAGGAGGAGGAUGAUGGAGGUGGUCAACUUGUUCACAUUAUGUUGCAAUUGAACGAAAUUCAAACUAGAUUGCACAAGUAUCAACUGAUUAUUGAUAGGGAUGCACCCAUUAACGAGUUUGGCAUCAAAAAUUUAACUGACUUGAAAUUUGAUGAAUAA